AUGUCUGAAGAACUUGUUGCAUCCAUCACGCUUGACGAUCUGCCUCACGACUUGAAUCUGCCUUUCGACGAUACGGCUGCAACAGAUCACCUCCUAGUCAGCCCUGAGAGACAGCGUAUCGACCCUCAGGAAUCGUGGUGUCUAGAUCAGUAUUCGGGAGGACACCUUGAUGUGGGAUCCUCGCAAUAUGCUUGCCAGGCAAGUGCGGGAAUAUUGUUACCAAUCAGUCCAACCAUGCCCGAGCUCUGCUAUCCCGUCAUCGCACCUGAUGUGGAGCCUUAUCAUCAAUACUCAUUCUCGAUGACUCGUCGUCAGUCCCAAUACAGUCAAAACGAUUCCAUGAUACAGAGUGAUCCCCUCAACUCACCUUGGUAUCCGUCUCGUUCUGCGGAUCUGCUUGAUCAGACAUCCACCUUGGGCCCGCCUGUACCGGCGCAAUCACAAGGGGAUAGCUUGGACUUAGGGAUGCAACAUGACGGCACUCCCUUUAUUCAACGGACUAUGGAUCUGUCCGAUGCAUUCGUCGGCACGUUGCAUGAUCCGUCGCAGGCAAGGAUCGUCCAGCCACAAUGGCCAACCGUUGGCGUUUCGGGCUUCAUAAGCGGCAACGACGUGAUGUCAGGACCGCUCGAUGAUGCUUCCCAGCAUUCACUCCUGCGAUUGCAGUAUGAUGCAUCAUCUGUCGUUGAUACUGCCUCUUUCGUGCUCGUACCCUCUGUGUCUUAUGGCGCAAUGCGGAGCAGUAGUCCCGUCAAUUUUCCAGGCGGGUCCAACUCGCAAGCUAAGAAAGGUCCGAGAAAGGGACCAAAGUCAGCAGCAGCGCCUUUGUCGCACCCGCUGGCAGAGCCUAUCCCGUACUGUACUCUGAGACUCCUUGCAGAGUGGAUGGAACGGCUUGAGUCCAAGACGGUGGUUCCGGAAUCGGUGGAGAAGCGGUUGGCAACACUGCUCAAAGCGUCAACAAGGCGUUUUCUCGAUCUCUAUUGUCUGCGAGACUUCGAAGAAUGGGCACGCACAAAGGCUGGAUUAGCAGAGAAUCCUGCGAUCAGAAUUUGUGGAUACUGUUACCACACAUACGGACAAUUUUAUCCUACGCGAUCGAACAACUAUGAAGAGGCGUGCGAAUGCCAUCAGGUUAAAUCUUUGUACUUCCAGAAGCACGCCCAAGUAUAUCGAGACGCCGGAAAGUCGACGUGGCGACCCAUUCAUCCGCCUCAGGACGUGCAAGGGUCCGAGGCCACUGUUCUAUCUGAAUGCGAUCUGGGCGAUUGUACGGUAUACACAUAG